GCAUGCAUCUCCUCAGGCCACUGUAAAUAUCUGUGCCUUGAUACUGUAAUAAAAAUGUGUCGCAGGCAAUAAUCACCUGUGAUAAAUUACAUUUGUAGUGUGUAAAAAUUUGUGUGUAAAAAAAUAAGGUGCUCAAGGAUGUUUGCAAGCCCUGGUGAAAAGAGCUGGAGACACAUUUGGCUUGAUGAGAUCAGAAUUUUUUCAAACAUGACAUGGCUAAUAAAGAUUCAGAAUAGCUGGGAAAGGCACCCUGCUCUUUAAAAAGUCCCAUUAUUUCUGUAUUUGGAGGUUACCAAGGUUGCCUCCAGCUCCAGCACUCUAAAGCAGGUCUUGAAGAUUCCUCACAUCUACACGUGAAUGUAGAGUUGCAUUAUAAGAUGGAAUAAAAGUCUUUAGCUCAACAUUUUCACACUGGGCAGCUUGAGCUGCAUGUCCUGUUGUGCCUUUUCUUUGGAGUUUAGGCACAGCACCACAAGAAAACUUAUUGUGGGAAUCCUGAAAGGUGAAUUUAUGUUUUCCUCACCCUUCUGUUGUUCCACGUGCUCCCAAAGCAGCCACUGCGGUGCCCUGACAGAGGGUGGGAAAUCUGGUUCAGAAUUCAGGGAAUUAGGCAGUGGGUGAUGUGUCCAAGUCAGAUUCUUCUUCAGCCUUAGAGGAAUUAUCCGUAUGGGCUUGUUCUGUCCCCUGAAAGAUACUUCAUGGAUUUUCCCCUGAUGUUCCUCUCAAACAGUAAAACAACCAGUGACUAUUACAAAAACCGUGGGGAGUGAACAGAGUUGUAUUAUGAAACGUCUGAUCAAAAAGUUUUUUUGCUGUGAAGAAAUCAGACUUCUUGCAUGGCUCAGCAAAGAUUGCAGCAGCGUUGGAGUGUCUAUGGUGGAGACAUCAGCACAGGGCAGCCAGCAGGCAGGAGCAGCUGUUUGAUUAGUGACAACCUGUGCUAGACACAAAAUUGCAGCAGAAGAUCAGUGGCAUUUACAACCCUAUGACUAAUGUGCUGAGCUGUCCCUAUGGGUAUGAAUAUUUCAGAGAUCACCCAUGUUGGAACUGAAUAGUGGUUCAAAAGGAACACAAGUCUGAAAUUCACUCUUACCACCUACUAUUGGCUGUUGAAUGAACAGCCCUCCCCCUGCAAGCUCAAAUCCAAAGAUCAGCUGAGGACAUUAUCCUUAUGGCACCCCUCUCUUGAGAUGCUCAUUUCCACUUCCUCUGCACCUUUUCUAGGAACGAAGGUUCCCCCUAAAACCGUGCAGUGCUUGGUAGGACAUCAAACACCACGUCUGGUCCUGUGUCUGUCCACACAGAGUGGCUGAUAUGCAACUGUUCAGGUGACCAGUUUAUUCCUCCUUUCUGAAACGCUGCAAGAAGAGUACUCACUUCCAAGAGGCUUCCCACCAUCAUGAAGAUGGAAGCAGACUCUGGAUAUUCCUCCUCUGCUGAGCUGCAGAAGCAGGGAAAGAAGCUCUCACAUGCCUUGAGGAUCAGUGCCUAUGUCUUCAGUACAGGCCUGCUCAUGUUCACUGCCUUAGUUAACUCUGCUUCUUGGUUUACGCAGAAUAUAACUUUAGGCAAUUUCUGGCAAACAGCAUGGUUGGAGUUCUAUGACCAUAUGGAGGGAGAUGAGUGGACAAUCUUCCUCAUUGGGGCUGCAUUGGUGCCUGCACUUGCUUUCUGGGGCUUCAAUGGAAUCCUUCUGGUGGCUGAUAUAACAGGAAAGCCAACUUUCAUAACUCGCUAUCGCAUUCAGCUGGGCAAGAAUGAUCCUGUGGACACAAAGAAACUGUGGAAAGCCAUCUACACAGUGCUGGGUAAUCAGUUCUUUAUCUCCUUUCCCAUGCUUGUGCCCAUGUUCUACAUCAUGAAAUGGUGGGACAGCACCUUCAGCAAGGAAUUACCAACCUUCCAGUGGUUUCUUGUGGAGCUAAGCAUUUUUACUGUAGUAGAGGAAAUUCUCUUCUAUUAUUCACACAGGCUUGUUCACCACCCAGUGCUGUAUAAGCACAUUCACAAGAAGCACCACGAGUGGACAGCCCCCAUCGGUGUGGUCUCCAUUUAUGCUCACCCAAUAGAACACAUAAUCUCCAACACUCUGCCUGUGAUGACUGGCCCGAUGCUCAUGGGAUCUCAUAUUGUUUCAAUCUCAGCAUGGUUCUCCAUUGCUCUUGUAACAACAAGCAUUUCUCACUGUGGCUACCACCUGCCCCUCCUGCCAUCUCCAGAGUUCCACGACUUCCACCACCUCAAGUUCAACCAGUGCUAUGGAGUGCUGGGAGUGCUGGAUUUUCUGCAUGGCACAGACAAAAUGUUCAGACAAACCAAAGCCUUCGAGAGACACAAGGUCCUGCUCAGCCUCACGCCGCUCUCUGAAAGCAUCCCUGAUCCACCCAAGAAAGAUGAGUGAACCAGCCCAGCUGCUCUUGCCCAGCCUGGUGAUGAGCAGAGUGAGAGACGAUGAUUUAUGCCAAAUAGUAUUUUAAUCAGGAAACAAGUUCUUAUCCACACAUAACAAAACAUGAAGCUGAAGUUAAAUAUGCCACUUGAAAUGACUGCACUUUUGCUGCCAUUUUUUUCUAUCUAAGACACAAACCUGCUCUAGAAAUCUAUUUUUAAAAUUUAAUGGUUUGUUUCUGUGUUACUUGCUCUGUCCCUUGGUUCCAGCUGCCUGUGUAUGAGCCAGGUGUGUUCUGGGCCACAUGGCUCAGGGUUAUCAUUAUUAAGGUUUUAGCACCAGACUCCAGAGGUGAUGAAUUGGCCUCUCUUGUUGGCACUCACCCUAUAGAAACAUCAAAGUCAUUCUAUCUACAUGUGGUACAAUUAAAACCAGUUUUUGUGACUCAGAGCACCUGGGACACAGGAUUGCAACUCCAUGGAAAAAUCACUGGGGCUACAGCUUUAGAAACACUCCCCUGCACAUGCAACAAAGGCCUGACUUCUGUGAGCAGUUUUUAUGCACAGAAGGUGAGUACAGGGCUGAACUGGGGCUGCCACAACCUCACCACUGCUCCACAGACAGCUGCAGACAAAGUUUCCCCUCGUGGGACAUGAAAGCAGAUCUGGGAGUUGAUGUGCUUCAUGGCAUCAUCUCCUCCUGCUGAGCCUGCCCUCUGAGACACAACCAAAAUUCUGAUAAAUUACAGAGAUUUUCCAAGGAAAGCAGAGUCCCUGCUGUCCUGAGCUGUGUGAAGAUUAAGGAACCCCUCUAAAAAAAGACCCAAGAAAGCAGCCCCCAGGACAAUAUGCACAUUCCCUAGUAACCACAGACCAUCCAAGACAUACUGUGAAUUCUCUCGAGGAUCUUCCUAAGUCUCAGUCCUGCCUGGGGGCUGGAACAAAAACAGCAUAUUUCUCCCCAGUGCUAGAGCAGCCCCUCGAGGAACAGGAACACAGAGCUGAGCUGUGCUGCACUGAGCAAUGCUGCACAUUGGUCAGCCCAGCUCUACCUGUGGAACCAAAUUCACUUCCCCUGCUCCUCUCCAGUCCCCACGAUUGCACCAGGAUGAAUGCAGCCCAGUCACCCACCUGCAGUUCCCUGGGGAGGGCAAGUCAGCAGAAGAGAAAACCCAGGCACCACUGUCUUUUGAACUUUUUAUUUUUAUACAUUUUUUUUGUAUUAAAAAGGAAAAAGCAUAAUUACCACAAAUUACAAAGGACUAAAGCAUUACUAGAAUAAUGAAUCACAUCAGCCUAGAAAGCAGAUACUCUGAAUAAUAUUAAUGUUAUAAUACAAGCUCUCAUUCAAGUAUUUUACAUUUUUCUCUUUUCCUUUUAUGAGUGAUGAUGAUCCUAGCACAUGGGUCAAAGAUUAUGUACUAUCGACAGAGAUGGAUCAUGUACAGCGGGCCGUAUUAACAAGAUUUUCCUCCCAAGUGAUACAUGGUCUGUGAUGAGUCAUUUUAAGUUUGUCUCUACUAUAAAUGCAGCUGAAGAAGGUUGCACACACUCUCUAGUUUUGGGAAACAGAAGGCUGAGGUUGGACACUGAGGGUUUGAGAAGGGCCAGCACAUUGAACCAUCACCCCUUUAGCUCCAGACGAGCAAGCAGAAGGCUGCACUCGCUGGGAUGCAGCUCAGUGGGUGUCUCUGAGCCACAGAUCCAAAGGUUUCCAACCCCAGUGGGACCGGGACAGGCUGGGGGGGAAGACGCGGAGCAGGGCUGCACCAGGGAGGCUUGAGGGACCAAGUGGUGCCAAGCACCCCUUCCCAUGAGGGGCACCACUGGCACAAGCCACCCCACAGCAGGGCUGACACCCGGGGAGAGAGCAGGACAGCGUGGGCAGCUGGAGGGACCCCAGCAAGCUCCACAGGGGCCAGCUGGUACCCAGGGCACUCCCUGCUCCUCUGGAGCUUCCCACCAAGGGGAUGUGCUCGUCACAGAUCAUCGGUCCUAUGUUCAAGUGUCUGCAGAAAGUGAAACUGUAAACUACUCCUGGAAAUGCUGCCCUCCAGCCACCCGCUCCACACCACCGAGAUGAACGUUUGCUUAGG